AUGAGCGCGUCUACCUGUGUGCUCGUGGAGAUGGGCGAGGAGGACCCGAUCAUCUCUGUCGCCCAGCUGAUGGCGGGCCUGAUCGGCGAUGCUGACGGCAAGGUAGUGAAGGAGUGCGAGUCCCUGCUCGAGGCUGGAAAGUUCACCGAGGUCGUUGCCAAGAUCAUGGCGCACGGCGGUAAGCUGUUCGCCGAUGCCCCAGAGAAGGAUCUCGAGGCUGCGGUCCUCAUCAUCGGUGGCCUCGCCCAGAGGCUCUCGCCCGCAGACGCCGCCAAGUGCGUCGACCAGCUCGUUGCCGCGGCGCUCGCCGGCACGGAUCGCGGCUCCCUUCGCGCCGCAAUCCUGUUCCAGCUGUACAAUAUGACUACCGACAUCAAGGCCCGCUUCCCCAUCCUGAAGAAGAUCCUCGGGUACGUGAGGGAGGCCAAGCUCGCCGAGCUCGUCGCGCCAAUCUCGCACCACGUCGAGGACAACUACAAGUCCUGGAACCUUGACGCCGCCGAGACCCGCGCGGUGCUCAGCGAUGUCUUCACCAUGCUCGCCGAGACCUCCGGCAACUCUGAUCCCAACUCCACCGAGGCUAAGCGCAUCCUCGACCUUCAGCUCCUGUUCCUCGCUACCUUCUCGGCGGGCGAAAAGCUCGACGCGAAGGGUGAGGAGGUUGCCAAGGCGGUGGUGACCUCGUUCGUGAAGGCGACCGACAUGACGUUCAGGUGCGAUCUACUGGGGUCCCCUGCGGUGCAGGCGCUGGAGGGUACCAAGUCCUCCGGAGCCCUGAAGCUGCUCACGACGAUGCUCACCGGGAAUGGCGUUGCUGAGUUCGCCGCGUUUGCCAAGUCCAACGGGGCUGUGUUCAAGGAUCUCGGCCUGGACGAGGCGGAGUGCCUGGGCAAGAUGAAGCUCCUGGCGCUAUGCGCGCUCGCGGAAAAGAGCGCAGAGGGUGAGUUCACAUACGCGCAGGUCGCCGAGGCUCUUCAGUGUGGCGAGGGUGAGGUUGAGAGUUGGAUCGUCAGGGCGAUCGGCGCGAGGCUCGUGGAGGCCAAGAUGGACCAGGUGCGCGGCGUGGCGGUGGUGACCAGGGUCAACCACCGGGUGUUUGGCGACGAUCAGUGGAAGGAACUCAAGUCCAAGCUCGCGAGCUGGAGGGAGAACCUUGACGCGGUGGCCAACAUGACUGCCCCACAGAUCGAGGCUUGAGGAUAAUAGACCAAUUUUAUCACAGCAUAGUUGCAACAAAGAGACGAUUCAUCGUUCA